UCUAACGUUAGUUUCUAUAAAUUAAACGAUUUCUGCAAAGAAGACAAAUUUCCAGGAGGUUGAAUUAUAAAACGAUUUAAAUCUAAUUUAGAAAAGUAUUUUAAAUCAAUAAUAAUAGUGUAUACUUAAGUACUUUUAGUGUUGUAAAAUGCAAGACUUUCCAUUUAUCUUAAUAAUCAAUUAAACGGUAAAUUCUACAGAAAAUCAAAAUGAUCUUCUAAAUGCUUACACUGUUAUUGGCGUGUUGAAAACUUUUAUAAAAAAAUUGUAUUAACAACUUUUAUGUAAAAAUGCCGUCUGUGUCUAAACAUCGAAAAGUUAAAAGACCAGGUGUUGUGAUUAAAAGAACGCAAUGUCCAAGAAAUCGACCUCCAAAAGCACGCACACCAUCUUAUGAAAAAUUGAAGAAUAACAAUCAUUCCUUAGCGAGAGCAUUAUCACAAGAAAAACAAGAAAGUCAAUCUCUUUUUUCACAAAAUGUGGCUCUUAUCGCUGAAGUACACGAAUUAGAAUACGCCUGUAAACGACGAGAUGAUAUAUUUAAAAAUGUUUCGAAAAAUGCAAAAGACAUGCUGCAAUUGAUAAUCAAUAUGAGCAAUUGUUUAACAAACACAAUAUCGUCAUGUCAGGAAUUUGUUUCUAACACUGGAAACAGUUAUCGUUCAUCUACAUCUUCUGCUGGAAGACGAGAUUCAAAUAGAAGAAUGUCUACAAAAUCACCUGCUAAAGGUGUUGUAAAGCCAAUGGUUAGCGGACAUACAAUUCAAAAGCCAACAAUUAAUUUAUCAAGAGUAAAUAUGCAAAAUUUUCAAAAUGUCCUAAGUUUAACGACUAUUGAAGAAUCACCAUCAUCGCCUGAUAUAAAUGCAGGCUCGCCUUCCAGUGGUUCAUCUAGAAGUCCUACUAAUAGAAUUUCCGAUUCAUCACGUAGGCAACUCAAUUUUGAAAAUCGACGUGUCCGUAGAAUAUCGGAUCGAAUUCCAGUUGUAUUGAUAGAUGAUCUAGAUGAACGAAGACUUAGUAACAGACACAGAAUAUCAGAUCGUUUCUCUGGUAGAUUUUCAAAGCGUAAAUCGGGCAGUUUAUCGGAAAGUCGAAUAAAAAGACGAAGCACUGAUCAUCAACAAAAUGAUCGAGUUGAAGGUAUUUUAAUUAAAAGUCCUCGUGUGGCCCUAAGUGAUGUUUCCAAGUUACUUCAAAAUUUACAAACAGUCAACGUGCGAACGCUGGAAGAACAUUCAGUAGUAAUGGAUGAAACACGUUGUAUAAAUUCAUCAACUGAUUCUCAAAAUCGUGAAAAUUGUUCAUUAAGAACGGAGAAACAAGUAGAUUUUCAAUUAUCGGAUUCUGAUAUUGACGAUGACAUUUGUAUGAAUAUACCCUCAAGGCCAAUGAGUCGUAAAUUCAAUCCACAAGUUACAAUAUUAAGAAGUGAUAUUGUUGAUAAAACACGAAUUCUCAAUGGAUCAAGUUCAUUCGAAAAAUCAAAUCUCGACAAAACACUUGACUUAAACAAUGAAAGUUAUAAUUUCAGUAAUAAUUCGAAAAAAUCACUAUCCAACAGCAACAGUAGUAAGAAUAAUAAUAAUAAUAAUAAUAAUAAUUCAAUAAAUGAUGAUCCCCUAGAAGGACCAAGUUGGAUGUUUAACGAUUUAACAGCGCCAAUUGAUGAUAACGAUUCAUCCGAUUCUGAAAGUCAAAGUAACGUUACACAAUAUAAAAGAUCAAAAAUUAAUGCAACACAUAAAGAAAAUGGUACAUUCACUCCUGUUCGUACAUCAACAAAAUUGCCAAAUAAUAUUGAUAUUUCAAACAAUGAAACUCCAAAAAAAGGCAAUUAUUCCGAGCCACGAAUUAAUAAUAACAAUAAUAAUAAUAAUAAUCAGGAAAAUUCGCCAGAUAUUGAAAUGACAAUGAAUUUUGCCAGAUUUGUAACAAAAAAUCGUGGACAUUCCAAUCGUCAAAAUGUUAAUGAUUUUGAUGAUCUCGAUGAUCCAACAAUAAUGUUAAAUAUACGACAACAAACAAGAAAACCAUCAUUUAAUAUUGAUGAUUUACAAUUGCCAGUUAUGGAAAGUCCAAUUGUAAAUAGGCCAGUUGUUGAGCCUGAAAUAACAAGUACCAUUAAUAUUGUUUCAAUUAAUGGUGUAAUGAGAGAGCAAAUUAAUUAUAUGCCAAAUAUGAGUAUGCCACGUUUUUCAGAUGUUCCGGUUCCAAUAUCUGAAGAUGAAUCAUCGCAAGAAAAUUUAUUAAGUCCCGUUGUGGAAAAAAUUAAAGUACCAAGAAAACGAAAGAAGCAAACAACAUUAAUUGAUACACUAUUGGAAAAUGAUGAAUCAAUACAUAAUUCAAUGCAAAGUAUGGCGAAAAAGAAAAAAAUCAAACACAAAUCAAAUAUGAAUGAUAAAGAUCCUAAGGCUGCUAAAGUUGUUCUACUAAAAUUACCAUCACAAAAUAGAAAAAAUUCAGACGAAUCAUUGGCAAUGAGGAAAGCGUUAAAAGCAGAAACAAAUAGUGAUUCCGAAAGUAGUAAUGCUAGCAGUAAAUUUGCUUCAUCAAGACCUAGACGUCAAAAAGCUCCAGUAAAUUUACAAGAACCUAGUUUAACAAAGAAACUAAGAAGAAAAGAUUAAAAGUCUCCAGUGUGUGUCAACAGUUUUUUGUUUGUUUGUUUUUUUUUUUUUUUUUUGUUUUGCAGGACUUAACUUAGUUUACUUGAAUUUUCAUUAAUUUAGAAAUUAUACAUGAAUAACCUAUUUAUUAUACUAUGCAAGACAUAUUUUCCACAUUGAAACAAAUUGCUUCCAUAUUUUCAAAUAACUGAAAAAUUGUUUAAUCAAUUUUUAUACUUAUUUUUCUUUUACAUUCUAAUGGUUUAUUUUUAAUUUAAAAAAAUAAUAAUAAUUUUUAUUAUUUACUUGUAGACAAGUGA